GUGCAUUUUUAUUUCUUGAGGCACAUCACUUUUGUAGUAGGCAACAGCAUGGAGCAAUUCUACAUACGCCAUGUGGAAGUUCUGGGUUUUGAGAAAAGAUUUUUUCCCAGUCAGCACUAUGUUUACAUGCUCUUAGUAAAGUGGAGUGAUCAGUCUGAAAAACUGAUCUAUAGAAGGUAUCCAGAGAUGCACGAAUUCCAUAAAGCUCUUAAAGAGAUGUUUCCUAUUGAAGCAGGUGAUAUUGAUGCAAAGGAUAGGAUAAUACCAUCAUUACCAGCACCAAAGUGGUUGGACAACCUGAAGGCAACCGAAACAAGACAGGGCACCCUGGCCGAAUACUGCACUGCUCUCAUCAACCUUCCAAGAAAAAUGUCGCAGUGUCAGCUAGUGCGAGAUUUCUUCGAAGUCAGACCAGAAGAUGAGACUCCCCCUGCACCUCACCCGUUCAAAAGAAACGAAACCUAUGUAUUGUCCAAGGGUCGGCAAAGAAGCAACACCUCUGAAAUUACUGGCCCAAUUAUGCUUGACAGCUACCGGGUGACUGCAGACUUCAACAAAAGUUCCAAAUAUGAACUCAACCUGAAGGCAGGAGACUUGGUGGACAUAGUAGAGAAAUGUCCUAAUGGUUGGUGGUUCUGUAACUGCGAGGCCACCCGUGGCUGGGUACCAGCCUCCUAUCUGGAGCCCCUCGAUGGUCCAGAUGAGUCUGAGGAGCAAGCCCCUAACUAUGCAGGUGAGCUCUACAUAACUACCAAAGCAUACAAGGGUGCAGAGGAAGAUGAGCUCACUCUUGAGUCUGGGGAGAUAAUUGAUGUGAUCCACAAACUUCUGGAUGGGUGGUGGGUGGUCAGGAAAGGGAGGGAGACAGGAUAUUACCCAUCUAUGUUCUUACAUAAAAUCGAGGGGGAGAAGGAAACUGAAGCUGAAAAAAGUGUGGUUCAGAGGAAGACACCACCACCCAGGAGAUCAACUAUUCGCAACAUUAACAGCAUUCAUACAAACGGACGCCAAAAGAUCAGCCAAGACACUUACCGCAAGAAUAGUCGUCGGUACAUAAAACCGCGGGGGAACAACUCACCUCAGCUCCGCACGCGCAGGAGCUCGACAAAGUCCCUUCUGCUCGAGCGAGAGGCUCACAGAGAUAACAUCCCCACGCUGAGACCAUCAGGCGAUGAUGAGCAGAAGAAGACUCCCGUCAUCCCACCACGGCCCAGUGCACAACUCAUCAUGGAGCGCUGCACUGAGAACACUCGCAAGAAGAUGAGCAUCCGCACGCCAAGCUGAACUGGAUUUGGCACUCUCACUGCACAUUCUGUGUCACUUUUGUAUACCCAACAUACAACUAUCUUCACUGUAUAACAAUGUAUUAAACUUGCAUACAAAAGGAGAUAAUAUUGGUAGCCUAGCCUACACAUAGGUGUUCCGAUAUUUGUCUAGCUUUGUGAAAGCUUGUUUUCUGCCUCACAAAAAAGUGUAUUGCGCUGCUUGGUUUUGUGUGUCUUGAUAAGCUAUUUACAAACCUUUGUUCACUUCAACUUCAGACAUUACUUGAAAUAAAUGCUCACUUUGAUGUUGACAUCACAA